GGAAAUUCAUGCGAGGCCAACUCCGUCUCUCAGCAAGGCUAGGCAUAUACAAGCAUAGGCCCUGUUUAAGAGGCCGAGUGCAUCAUCUCGAUCAUGCCAAUUAUGCCGAACAGCUCCGGUGGUGACCCCGGCGUCAGCACAACACUCCGUAUCACCAGAUCUAUAAAAAGAGCUUGCGGAGAUUGCCAUGCGCGAAAAGUCAAGUGUGACGGUGCUAUUAAUGGAUUCCCUUGCCGCAAUUGUAGGCUAGCGGAGGUUCAUUGUGUUGUUCCUGAUAGACGAAAGCGCCGAGCUCGAGUUUCCGGCCAGCCUUCUGCAUCAGGAGAAAAGAGAUUGGCCAUUCCAGUUUCGACUCGACGACGAAUAGUAACAGCGGAACCGGGGCCUAUUUCCGCGGAACCUAUUGCCCAUGAACAUGAUGAGGGCUCUGCUCAUCCCGGAGUCUCUCAUAGAACGGCGGAUGCAGAAUAUGCAAGGCAGAAUUUAGUGGAAUUCUUCAGCCAGAACCUCCUAGAGAAGCCUAUACAAACACGCCUUACCUAUAUUGGGAGUGAUCUAUCUACCCUUGGCUAUCUUGUUCGCCAACAGUCGACAAACCAGCGUGUUCAUCACUAUCCUUCUUCGAAUAGCUACGCACCACGCAUACCCGGGUUACAAGGCAUCCCGGCGCCCAACUUGAUUCCCAAAGAUGCGUUCGUUCUUCCACCCAAGAGUGUCUCCGAUAUUCUGAUAGGGGCCUACUUUGAGCAUAUUCAUAGCCUUUUCCCAAUCAUUGAUCGAGAAGAGUUCCUAGUCCAAUAUGAAGCUCCGGCUUCAGCACCACCACUACUUCUGUUUCAUGCCAUAUGUCUCGCAGGAAGCCAUGCCACGUCCACGCUUGACAACACUCAAGAACUGAAAGGUGCUUUUUUUCGUCGGGCAAAAGCGCUGUUCGAUGGGCGAUAUGAGGAAGACCGGAUGCACAUGGUACAAGCGGCCCUGCUCUUGACCUGGUUUUCCGAUGGUGGCGACGAUGUGUGCACAAAUGCCUGGUACUGGAUCGGAGUUGCAACACGUAUUGCUCUCGGCCUGGGCAUGCACCGAGAUGUUGGCCCAAGCAAGAUGCUGGAACGAGACAAGAGAACUUGGAGGAAGAUCUGGUGGUGUUUGGUCCAAUUUGAUGUGCUCGUGUCUCUAUGCUACGGUCGGCCGCAGAACAUCAAUCUGGAUGACUGUGAUACACCACCUCUUAGCGUAGAAGAUUUCGAUGCCUCUACCAGUGAGGACGAAGCAAGCUUUUGCAUUUACCACGCGAAGCUCUGCGCAGAUAUAUCCAUUCUACUCAGGACUCACUUUACCCUCAAAACCCAGAAAUCUCCCAGCAACUGGAGUGCCUCUCUCCAAGCUUUGGAUCUCAAGCUUGCUGAAUGGCUCCUUAGUCUACCCCCUGCACUACGCGACCGUAGCCAGCCAACAAGCGUGUACAAGGCAAUGCUAUUCCUCACAUACGAAACCACCUUGGUCCAAGUCCACCGCCUACGGCUAUCUUCUACGGGUGAUGUGCCUUCGAUGGAUCUGUUGAACAAUGAUCGGAUAUGCAUAGAGGCAGCUUCUAAAAUUAUCUCCAUCUUCGAAGAGAUGGAUAAGCUCUCGGCUCUACAAAACUGUUGGUUCUGUGCUCCUAAUGCAUUAUUCACAGCCCUUGUCCAAGUUCAGGCUCAAUUACGAAGUGAGAACCCCAUCAUUUCGCUAAGGGCGCAAGAAAACUACGCCUCAGGCUUGCGGAUCCUGCAACAGCUCUCUCAACACUGGUUGAUGGCAGCCUCAGUAUGGCAUGAUACUAGGAUGACAACACAAGAAGUGUUGCCUAAUAUCGGAAAUCUCUCGGAGCAGAAUUUCGAAGGUGAAGGGCUUCAGUCGAUCGCAAACCAAACCGCUAGCAAACAGAAAGCUACGGAACAAGAAACUUUGACAGAGGAAAGAGAGUGGAUCAACUUUUUGUCAUUUGAAGAAGAGCAGCCAGGAGAUCUCCAUAUCCAACCUAACAGAUGGGAGGAGAGUUCUUCAGAAUGGCAGUCUCUUUAUUGGCGAGACUCCAUAGGCGGCCUUGACCUGCAGCAGCCAGAUCCUCCGAGGAGUAUACCGUGA